AUGUUAAAUAAUCAAUUUGGUGUCUAUAAAGCGUACGGAUAUGCGAACGUCACUUCAACAGCACUUUGGAUAGCACCUCAAACCUCAACGUCCCAAACAAGCUAUCUUGCAUUACAAAUAGAUCGUCAUUUGGUUGUUUAUACAUCGGCUAGUGGAGUGCUGUGGUAUUCCAACACCGUCAAUGGUGGUAUUGGAAUUCCAUUCUGUUUACAAAUGCUAGAUUCAGGAAAUCUAGUUUGGACUGAUUAUUCUUCAGCAAUUGUUUGGCAGACAAAUACUGCACAAACGGGAUAA